UCGAAAGACAUGCCACAAUUUAAGAAUGUUAAUUGGCGUCGUUUAUGCUACAUCAUGUGCGUGAACGAGAAACACUAGAAAUAUGAUGAUGUUGAUGGGACAUGAUUGGCAAACGUGUAUCCAGAUCAUUUUACUUUGCUUAUCAUGAUCAAAGAUAUGUCUUUUAUUUUCUUUUAGUUGCAUAAAGCCAAAAUGACAAUCAAAGGAAAAGAAAAUUCGGAAGCCUUGAGGGAGCGCUAUGACAAGACCUACAGGCGCUAUAUCGUCUUUGUGGGGUGUCUUCUGAUACAGUUUAUAGCGAUAGCAAUGCCCUCCUCCAUGCUGGGAAUCGUUUAUGUUGACAUUACUAGAGAGUUUGACGCCGAGGCUUCCGAAGCCGCCCUCAUGUUGUCCUUAUUUCGUGGCAUUGCUUUUGGAGGAGGAGUGAUUGGUGAAAUGGUGAUCAGACGAGUGGGUGAAUUCCCGUGUAUAAUAGCAGCGACUCUGCUAGGAAGCGCCUGUAUCUUAUCCUCAGCCUUCGCACAAAGCAUGACCACAGUCGUCCUCCUUAUCGGGAUCGGUGCGGGAUGCGCCUGCGUGUUUCCGGUACUCUUGUCCUACGUCUACAUAAGUCGGGCCUUUACCAGACAAUCCGUAUCCAAGUUUCUAACAAUAAUGACCGUGGGGGCAGGGCUGGGGCUGCUGACAACGCCGUAUAUGACGGAGUUUUUCCUGAGUCAAUUCGGGUGGAGGGGCACCUUUAUGAUGACCAGCGGACUAUUUCUUCAUCUGCUUCUUAUUGGAAUUGUGAUCCAGUUUAAUCUACCACCAUUAGAUGGACCAUCAAAAGCCAAAGAAUUCAAUUGGGCAGAUCAAAUUGCUAUUUUUAAAAACAGAACAUAUUCAACAUAUUUGUUUGUUAUGAUUCUGUUUGGAAUAUAUGGAUAUGUAGUUCCCUGGUUUCUUCCUGAUUUCGUUGUUUCUAACAAUUACACCAAACAAGAUGCCGCCUUGCUGCUUACAAUUAGCGGAGUUUCUAGUCUAUUAGGACGGAUACUGGCAGGGACUUUGGACCCUUUCUUUGGUCGGACCAAAAUUAUCUAUCACUGGGGUUAUAUCUUCGCAGUAAUUGCUGUCAGUUUUGCCAUUUUCCCAUUCUUUGUGGAAACUUACACCGUUCUGUGCGGAGGUACUUUGAUCUACGGAAUCUGUUUAGGUUUAAUUGUCUCGCAGAGUGUGCCAGUUGUGGUGCAAUCAUUACCACUAAAUUUGAGUUCUAUAGGAAUGGCUACGGAAUUCACAGCGUAUGGAUUGUGCACAGUAUUAGGGGGGUAUAUAUGUGGAUUAAUUCGUGACGUCACUGGUGGAUAUGAAGCCGUAUUUUACAUGUCCUGUUUGUCGGCCAUUUUUUGUUGUUUUGUUUGUCUUCUUCUCCUCUUUGUAGAUAAAACGUGUAAACGAAAAACUCCAAAUAACGUUCAUAUCAACACUAUCUCGAUUAUCUCCCAUCUAUAAAUUAAAUUUAUGUACAUUUGU